AUGGAGUUUUUCAAGAACGCAAAAGUCGUCAGAGUGCGGAGCCACCUUAACAAAUUCUUGGUCGCCGGAGACGAUGAAAAGACUGUCCUCCAAAGCAGAAACGGCUUGCCAAGGAAAGAAGAGUGGACAGUGGAGAUAGUGGAAGGGAAAAAGCAUGUCAUCCGCCUAAAAAACUGCUCCACCGGCAAGUACCUCACUCCCUCCGAUGAACCGUUUCUGACUGGGUUGACCGGGAAUAAAGUGGUGCAAGACAUCCAGGCGAACAUAUUGGACACCUCCAUAAUUGAGUGGGAGCCGAUUAAGGAAGGUGAGUUGGUGAAGCUGCGAGCUAAAGGAGGGAUGUUCUUACGGGGUAACGGCGGCACCCUGCCAUGGAGAAACUCCGUCACCCAUGACAUCCCUCAGUUGAUGGCAACGCAGGAGUGGGUGUUGUGGGAUGUGGAAGUGGUUGAUAUGGUUGUUUUGGAGUCACAAGAGGCAAUGGAAAGUACUCAAACAUCGACGUGGGAAUCGAACUUUUUGCCACCACCAAAUAUAUCAGUGAUUAUGGGCAGGGGUGAAUCUUCUUUCAGGCUCAGGGGAGUGGUGCCAAGACCACCGAGCUCUACCUCAGACAAACACUUUUCUUCUUCUUUGCCUUGCCAAGAUAAGGGGGUGGUUUAUGCUGAGUCAAACUACUAG